AUGUCCCUAGAAAUCAGGGAAGAAUUUGAACUGCAUGGCACAAAGCGCAAGCAUGAUGGCUCAGUGACCAGGAGACGUGCUUCACUUGCGUGUGAUACAUGCCGGAAGCAGAAGGAAAAGUGUGAAGGGGGCCUUCCUUGCUGGAGAUGCCAACGAUUAGGUCGACCCUGUCGCUUCCAAGAGCCAGCAGCCACGAAGAAAACAUCGACGAAGUCUGUGGACCCGUCGACUAAUUUGAAUUCCGAGAAGCGGGAUCAACACAUUCAAAAUUUGGAGCAGAUAGUUCAGCACUUUCUUGGAGAUGUGCCAUUGGACGAGGAAAAUAUCGGGCGCAUUGCGGCGAAAUGCUCGUCAAAUAACAGAAACGAUAAGGAAAGCCUGCUGAAAGUAAACGAGUCUUUUGAUGUUCAAUUUGUGUCUGGAAAUGUUGCUUUUUACUCCGGCGAGUUUUCACAUUGGAAUUUUGCAGAGAAACUGCGCCGGACGACGCGCUCUGACCGGGACUCCGCCAACGUUGGCGUCAAAGAAUACUGGCGUCCAACCCAUCUCCAGUCCUCUACGCACAUCGUCGCCGAAGCUAUCUCCCAACUCCCUCCACGCCCAAUCGCGGAAUUUCUGAUUGGGGUAUUUUUUCGAUACGAGGAACUGAAUUCAUUCUAUUUAGAGAAGAGCUGGAUUCAAGACAAAUUGGCACUUUGCUACAACCCUACAACUGUAUAUACUGUCAACGAUAUCCCUUGGGUGUGUACCUUCUUCGCUGUUCUUGCGAUCGGGACACAAAUGGCACAUAUGGAGGACGAUAGUCAUGACCCAAGUUCUCAAGGACUCGAAGAGCUUAGUGAUUGUUCUGAAGACUCGGUGGGCUUGGUCUUUUACCAUGUGGCGUCCAAGUUGGUUCCCGAUGUUUUUCUGGCUGCAUCAUACGAAAGUGUGCAGGCCUUUCUGCUUCUUGCGGCAUGGGCUUUGCCAAUUUCUACUGGGGGACUAUCAUACACUUAUUUUGGAUUAUCUAUGAAAAUGGCCAUCCAGAAUGGCAUGCACCGGAAAUAUGUUGGGAAUGAUUGUGAUGGUCGGAUAAUCGAGUUGAGGAAUCGGCUAUUCUGGACCGUCUACACACUUGAAAUGCGAACGAGCAUCUUGCACGGAAGGCCGUGCUCACUGGCCCGUUCAGACAUCAAUGCAGACUUACCGAAGCAACAUCCAGCUUUCCAGUCGCCUAAUUUCACCAACAUGAUGGCUUUCAUCAAGCUAGUCACCUGGAUGGGCGAGGUUGCCGACACAUUAGCACAGUUCAAAAGAUGCCCCCGAAGGCUUCUCGUGGAGUACUCUGACCGACUUCUUCAACUAAAAACCAGCAUCAAGGAAUGGUGGGACUCUCUGCCCACGAAGAUUGAGUGUCGAGACUAUGAUCCCCAGGGGCCAUUAUUUCGUCAGAAUUCACACAUGAAACUCUGUUACUUGCUUAUUUACAUCUACAUGGGCCGUCCAUUCAUCUUCAGGAAUGAAGACAGUGAGAGUCGGUCAAGUGACAAUGAUCCCUCGAAUCCUCGCUCUGAGCUUGUUAGUGAUUGUGUGCAGAGUGCUUUGGACAUCCUCGCAGCAUUACAAUCGCUCUCGGAUACCAUUGGCCUCUGUCGCGCAUCUUAUACCGAGUUUAGCUCCUGCCGAGCAGCCAUUCUAGUGAUUCUCGCCGAGAGUCUCAAUUUAGGAAGAUCUUCGAACCUUCAAAGUAGCUUGGGCCAGGGGAUGGUUUUGAUACGCCAGAUGCUAGGUGGAACUGCAUCUCAAUCAGAGAUAUCAUACAUUGAAUCUAUCGAAGCCGCUAUUCGUCAAUUAUCUUCGAACGACAACGAAACUGACAGCACAACAGCCAACCCUGCACAAGGCUCUACAUCUGCUUAUGCCAAAUUCAAGGACUGGACCCAAUCUAUGAAAAAGGACAGACGCACAUCAAAUAACCUAGAACUAGCCUCGUUCAGUCCAAUGUCACAUAUGGUGGCGGGAGGUGAAAGUGUCCUGCAACCGGAUAACAACGACCUAAGUGGGUUAUUCAAUGCGGACUGGGCAAUAUGUGACCUAGGACUUAAUCUGAACGACUUUCCCGGGUCAUAA